AUGACGGGCGAAGAAGCUCCCGUAGGGCUUAUCAGUUCACUGGAGGCAAGAUGGGUUGAGAUAUAUCCUUUCCUUUUGCAACACGGGUACAUGCUUCGUCCCAGAUACCAUCCAAACUGGAAGCCUUCUUGGAAAGGACCCUGGAACUUUUACAAGGACAAGUUUAAGUGUCCUGACUAUAUUUCAACUCUAAAACAUAAACUCAUGGAUGCUACUCGCGUUAGUGACGGCGCAAGAGUAGUAAUAAAGCGAGUCUUCCUUGAGGAAGAUAAUGUACCCCUCCUGGAAUAUUUGAAUUCUCCUGAAAUGCGCGCGGACCCCAGAAAUAAUACGGUUCCCCUCCUCGAAGUGAUACCUUUACCGUCGCAGUACAAAAUGGCCAAUUCACGCGAAUCGGCAGUGCUCCUGGUAAUGCCUCUCCUUUUUCCUUUGAUGAGUUGGAGCUUCCCGUUCCAGCAUGUCAGGGAAAUUGUGGAAGUAAUUGAACAGCUCAUUAAUGGACUUGCAUUUCUCCACGAACACCGCAUCGCUCACAGGCUUGUUCCCAAUGCUCAUGUUCCACCCGCUCGUUCUGAUGUCUGCAGCUUUCACUAUGUCCGAGACUGGCUUCAUCCUGACGGUAAGUCUCGGCCUGUCUUCAAAGACCGUUGUUUGGUUUCCCCAGUAAAAUAUUACAUGAUUGAUUACGAGACUGCCGAAUACUUUCCUCCAAACGUUUUAUCCGAGGGACGAUAUGGUCAAAUCAAGACAGUUCCGGAGUGGUCUCUGGACGCACCUUACGACCCUUUUAAACUGGACGUGUACCAACUAGGAUGCCAAGUAAAAGGGUUUGCAGAAGAGUACAAAGGCUUAAAAUUUUUGAAACCACUUUACAUUGCGAUGACACGCGACAACCCUGAUCUCAGGCCUACUGCGGCUGAAUCCCUUCAAAAAUUCAAGAAGAUCAUCGACAAAAUGGACCCAGCGUAUCUAAAACGCGAAAUAUGGAUCAAAAGUUUUAAAGCUUCUGACUUCGCUGAACAGAAAGCGGCUAUGGCAUAUUCACCACCCGAAAACCGGCCUGGAAUAUUUCGAUCUACCAAGCAAAACCUGUCCAAUAAUCUUUUCAUAUCGAACCAGAAACGAUGA